CGAGCGAGCUGCUAGAUAAAAUAGGAUAGCUGACAAGCGACCAAGGAAGGUCAGAAUGGUGGUAAAAAUACUAAAUAAAGUGGUGGGCGCCAAAUAUAUUUCAGUUUUAAGGACGUGGGUUCCAAACAUGGUGUGCUGGGGAACAGUGGGUGGAGUGGCACUGGUCCACUUCACUGACUGGCGACUUAUCCUGGACUGGGUCCCUUACAUCAACGGAAAGUUCAAGAACGACAAGUAGAAAGUCACGUUGGCGGUUCAAACGUGCGUUUUGGGACAAUAGGGAUGUCCAGCUUCUCUUCAUUUGCUUCAGUGGGGUGGUCCACUGCUAAUUCAUCCCUGUGAUGGAGGGCUUGUAGCUGUUUGCACAGGGUGGUGUUGUGACUCACAGGGGGGCUGAGCUGUUUGGUUUGUGUUAUGUCGAAUAAAGUCUGUAUGAAUUAGGACAGUCCUUUUCUUAAACCAUCAAUAUGUUAUGUUUGUGAUGAGAAAAGAUGCAAUUUACCCACACGAGUCUUGUCAAACCCACGCCACAAUGCUGCCAACUAUUCAGAAUUCUGGGAGGUGAGGACUGUAUUUUAAGCUUAUGUGAGCUCUGCAGAACUUUAUGAUUCAUACUUAUAUUUUCUCUAAAUAAAUGUGAGUUUAUUAAAUUA